AUGAAAGACAGUUGCGACAAGUUGAAGUUGCCCGAGAAGUUUCACAAGUGUUUAGCAACUCAUUAUGGCAGUAUCAAGCGACUCAAGUGUGAAGAAGUGUGGCAUGGAGACCAUAUGGCGUACAGAUGCAGGACUUGUGGUCUCUCGGAUUCGAGUUGUAUGUGUCUAGCAUGUUUUGAUCCAGCGGACCAUGAAGGACAUGAUUAUCGAGUGUAUCGCUGUUCUUCUGGUGGCUGUUGUGAUUGUGGAGAUCCAUUGGCUUGGAAACCUCAAGGUUUUUGCAAGAACCACAGUGCUCAAAAGGAGAAAAAAGGACAGAGUGAAGAUAAAGUGACUAUGAUGAAGAUGCAUCCAGAAGAAAAUGCGAUUGUUCAGAUGUUUGUAAGGCAAAUUAUGGAGUUUUGCGUCGAAACGUUACGUGAAGUACAUGUGUCGUGUUUGAGACCACAUGCAAGAGAAAAUGCAGAUCCAUUCUAUCCGCGUCGAAUGCUGCCUAGGACAGGAAUGCUGCGCUCGGCGUUUCCUCCGAUUGUUAAGGUGCACGUUGACAGAUUGCAGCAGACGCUGACGUGGCUGCAGAUGCUCUCGAUGAGUUGUCUUUAUUAUCGCAAGGUGAUAUCGGGGAUGUUCUUUGAAGAGGUACCAGCGGGAUUUGAGCUGGAUGCGGUGUCUACUCAGAGCACCAUGAGCACCUUAGAGAGUUUGUCUGAGCAACCGAUUGAAGAAGGACCAGUCGAGACGGUACCAAUAACCGGAAAAUCAGAUGGAGAAGAAGUGAUGGGAGGAGCUUUCAAUCAUGGACCUCUGCUGAUGCUUGAUAUAUUUCUAAAAGCAGGGGUACUGCUGCCUGUUGAGACGUGUGAUGUGCUUGGCGUGUUGUACCUGAAGCUACUGUUCGACCAAUCGUUCAAGCAAAUGUACACUUGCCACUUUGUAGAAUGGUAUCCGUACUUUAUCGAGCUGUACCUGACUGCUAGCGACGAAAACAAUGAAGACGGCAUGCGAAACCUGUCACGAUUUAUUGAUCGUCUCUUCUGCCAGCUCUUCCACAGUAACGCACAAUUGCGCGAACUGGAGAUUGUUUUCGCGUCGAUGCGACCUACUUUCAACACACAUGAGACCCAAGGAACCCGUUGUCGUCGACGGCGGCGGCAGCCACAUCAUGUUGAUGGCAUCUUUGCUCCAGCGUCCGACUCGACACCAUCAUCCUGUGUCGAAUGGCUAAUGAUAUUUUUGCUAGAGAAGCUCAAUGAUUUAUUUCGAAGUACUCUCCGGCUAAUGACUAUCCUGCCUCAGCCUCUUAUAAAUGGGAUCCCAACUAGUAGUAGCAGUACAAAUGGGAGCAGCACAUCUACGGUGGCCAUAGGAACUGUACCAGAGGCUCCGCCUGUGUUACGGGCAGUCCAAACGGUGGACUGCGGACGAAAUGUGUACAAGAAACGAAUAUAUGCCCGAUUAUGCUCCGAUUUACGAACACUACUGGUACAUCCACAGAUCGCAGCGGAAGUAUUAUUGAGGUCUUACCGUUGCAUUGGCGAAGACGACCGUGUUCUUCGCGAGGCGUCAGUGUAUGCGCAGCUCAUGAAAGCCUUCGAGUUGCUGCAGCAUAUGGAUUUACAGACUCGUCAUGUUCACCAACAUGUCGAGUAUGAGUCUCAAAACUGGACAUUUGCUUUUGUAGCAGACUAUGAAAUGAAGCUACUGCUUAGUGCUUUCCUUACGGGCAUUCCUGCUUGCUUUUCCAGAGAGGUGUGGCAGAGUAUUACAACGGGGAAACAAGGAGCAAUGGGAGUAAUUACGGGUGGCACACCGCUCAAUCCGUUAGAAGUAGAUACCUUCCGACCUGUUGCGCUGGCUCGAGCAAUUUUACAACCCGUGCGAGCAUCGCUGGCCCGGUGGACGAAACGCAAUGGAAGACUCGAAUUCGUAUUUGAUGCGGCAGAACUAGCUGUAACUUCCGCUGGUCCUGGCGAGGCAGCGGAUACCGAGGCUGCAACAGUCACUCAGCUUGUUAAGUACUAUGAGCAGGGCACUGUAGCUCAUGGGGGCGCAAGUGCAAAGAGCUUUCACUUUCCGCUUCAUCAAAUGUACGCAGCACUAAUUCAUGCUCUGUGCGGCGUUGUGCGUCCCCAGACUUUGAACGACUGGCGCGAGUUGCUGGGCAUGGGAUCUACUGAUGCUGAAAAGCGUGAGGACUUGACGUUCUGGUAUAGCGCGCUGGAUCACCCUCUCCGUGUGCUUCUUUUUUCGAGAGAGAUUAAAGCUGGUCUAUGGGUACGAAAUGGUGGAGUGAUGCUGCAACAGUUGAUUCAUUAUCAUUCAAAACAUUGGCGGUACUUCGGUCUUCAUUCUGACUUGUUCUUAUGCCAACUGGGGGCUACCCUCCUUCCGCACGGGAGUUUCGCGCGUAUUUUCUUUCAGCAGUUGCCGUUUAGUAUUCGUGAUUCGCAUGUGCUUGGACUAAGCUCGCCGACUAUCAUGCAAACUGGUGACGUUGCUGGCAACGCUGACCACAGUCGUGAGCUGCGCCAGGAGCUAGACGUUGUGGAGGAGGCGCUGCGCCUCUUACUUCAGCUUGUGCUGGCACCUGUCAAACUGGCAUCUGCAAGCUCACCCGAAACAGCCGCGGUAUGGCUUCUUGAGCGCGAGAUCAUGCACUGGCUGACAUUAGGCCCGUUUACGCGUAGUGAGGUAAUCAUGCGAACAGACAUGAAGUUGGUGGAGCAGAUUAAGCAACUUCCAGCGCACGAAUGGGCAGAGUUGGAAGAGGAGGAAAUUCUUACCCAUGUACUGGAGAACGUUGGUGUACAUGACGACCCAGUUGGAAGCAGUAGUGGUUCUCGUACUUCUCGAAGCGGCAGCGUUUUAGGAUGCGGACUCAAGAUGAGUGGGUCGUGGAAAUUGAAGCCCGAUCUGUGGUCUCGAGUGUCUCCUCUGUUUGAAUGUUUCACGCCAUCUGAAGCACAGCAAUGCGAACAAAACACCCGCAAGAGUGUUCUUAGGACAAGUGGCGAAAAUGAUAUCUCGACAACAUCCGCUGUCCUGUCCAUGUUGCCUUGCGCACAAUUUGAAGGAGCGUGUAGCGUUGACAUGCAUGGUGCGAUUGCCGAAACGAUGUUGAAUUCGUCGUAUAUGGCCAGCGUUUUGUUCGUCAUUUUUGAAAACUACAAACGUAAGAUUGUCGCACAGCACCAAAGCGAGCGAGUAGACAGCGACGAUCAAGACAGCACCACAAACGAGAAUCUUUUGCUUGCUGCACUGCAUUGUCUGUACGUGGCGGUCGAGAUGCUACCAAAGGAUAUUCGGAGCCAGCGCGUGCAAACUUCGGGAAACUGUGUUGUUAUCGAAAGCAAACUAAAUCUGGACGACAUUGCCAAAUGCUUCGAGGAAGAGAGCAGCUUCUUCUUCAAACUUUGUACCGAGAUACCGCUAGAACCCAAUGCUCAGUACAAGGGGAACGAAGCAACAACUUCUUCAUGUAGUUUGUUGUCGCUGCUGCUAUUCUUCGCUGAAGACAAAAGGGGGAUGGAGGACUCGCGCUUUAUGGUGAAUAUGAUUCUUGAAUCACUACGUGAUAAAUCGGCAGCCUGCUCACAGUAUAUUGAGCAAAAAAAGGUGGAUGCCCAGUCGAUAGAGCGUAUCAAUGACUCCAAUUCUGAUCGCGUUGGUCGAUGGGACAGCGUCGACACACGUGGCGAACAACCAAAGCCUAGUGCAAAAGAGAUGAUAAGAAGACGACAGCAACAGAUAUUAGAGAAAAUGCGGUCACAGCAGUUGCAGUUUUUGUCUUGCAACAGUGACACAUUGGUAGACGAGACCAUGGAAAGUAAUCGUAAUGUUACAGAAGGCAACGGCAUAGAUGUGGACUCUAAUAGCGACAGCUAUGACGAAGCAAUGGAGUCUGAUGAGUAUGUGGAAGAAGACCAUGAGGAAGAGAAAGAUGAAUGGGGGUUUCCUACUGGUCAGGUAGAUGUGCAUCUGUAUUUGGAUCAUGUUACCUCAGCUAUCGCUCAUAUGAGAGAAAAGCAGCGAAAGUGUCAAGACCGGAGACGGCGGCGCAGGCGACGCACUCGAAGCUCGUCAAUUACGGCCGAGAGCGACGAGAGGGAACGCUCAUCCUCCGUAAGUUACGACUGCGGCUCGCUAGAUGAUCAUUUGCCUCAGACUGAAGAGUGUGGUUUGUGUCGUUUACCGUGCGACCCACGUUCCCGUGAAUCAUCGUUUGGUCUUGUGGGUAUGAUAUUGCCGACGAAUAUGCCACACAAAAUGGAAAAAUGCUCACUACUUACCACGAGUUCGGACGUCCGUCCUUUUGUGUCAUCACGACUACCUUCACUCCGCGUGCGUAUACCAGGAGAUACCGAUGAAACGUGCAUGCAGCUUCCGGACAGCGUGGUUUGGAGCUGUGGCCACGCUAUUCAUCACACAUGCUUAAAGGCGUAUCUUAUGUCGUUGUGGAAGCAAAAGCACGGCCGUGUUCCCUUGGAGAUGGCAAGUGGUGAAGACCGCCUUCUUAGCGAGCGUGAUAUGGAGUUUGUGUGUCCAAUCUGUCGCCGGCUUUCCAAUUGUCUGGUUCCGCGCAUUUCCCUUGAAAAGCUUCGUGAGCGGGUAUCAGCCACUGAGUUGAUGGACAUGGAACUUGGAUCGGACGAAGAAGAGGAAGAGAAAGACGAUGGACAGGAUCCAUUGGACUUCCUUCAGUGGCUCGACACCCAGAUGAGUUUUCGCGAUGACUCGCCAGUAGUCAAGCGACGGCGCUCUCGGACGCAGUCGAGUUUGCGUCUAAGGCGGCGUUUGCUGUCAUCUGCAUCGAAAUCGUCGUUAUCUCCCAGGUCGCGAUCCUCUGCUGGCUCUACGUCGUUUUGUGGUGAGCAGGGUCCUACUGAGCAAGAUGUAAGCGUAGAGCGUGAGAUUGGCGCCUUCUGUCACGAAAUCGUGUUACGUUCCGUGCGUGCCCAGUUGUACCUACCGACGCUCCUGACAAGCUCCAUGCGCGAUGAGAGUAGCCUGGAUUUGGAAAUGCAGCAGCUGAGCUCGGAGUGCGGUGCCCAAACUCCAGCGUGGCAAUUGCUUUUGCAUUGUUUAGAGGUGCAAUUACGCGUGGCUGCACGUGAAAAAACACUUUUGCAGACGGAUGCUGUAGAUUCGUUACAGCUCCGUUCAAUGCGCCAGCUUGCAGAUAUAACAGCAGCUGCAGUGGCGUUUUAUACUCCAAGUUCAUUGGCAUGGACUGUGGUAGAAGCGCCGACUGACAAGCAGUUUGAGAGCGUUAUGACACGACUCAAUGGUCUGAUAUUCGGCCAGCAAGUGCUCGUUGAAGAAGAUGAUGAUGCAUGCACUACUAAGUAUAAUACUCGCUACCAGCUGCAAACGGGUGACUCCGAGGAAACAACAAAUGCAGCAUUAGUUGGGACGCCAAUAUUGUGCCACCCGCGGUUGCUGACGUGUUUUGCAAUGAGGAUGAUGUGGAGACAAAGCAUAGCAACACCGAACGCUGAUGUAGCAGCUGAGCAGCUACUCACUGAAGCAUUUUUCUCGGCGCGGAUAUUGUUCACAGCCCAGGUGCUGCAAUCACUUGCCUAUCUAUCACUGCAAGAUGGGCAGCAGUCAUCGACUAAUGAAGCAAACAAUAGGAAAGAAGCAAAUGUCAAGAAUACUAAAGAAAUUCGUGACUUUGAGGGAGUAGAGUCGCUUCGCGACGCAUCUGCGUGGAUUUCGCUGAUGCUGGCGCGGUCUCGCUUAAUGGAGAGCAAACCGAUCGUGUCGCCUGACGUUAAGCUUCAAAGAAAGCAGAACAAAGCUGCGAUCGAGGAACAAGUGAGCGUGUUGUGCUUACCACUGGCUCAGCAGAUGCUUCUGCUCAUGGAUGUCGUCGUGCCUCCAAUGCCACAUCAACACCACAACGAUAGUCAAGGAAACGGCGAAUCCCAAGCGCCCCAGGUUGUUACCGAGUCUUGUGCCGUGUGUGAUGGAUUGUUUUCUUCGACAUCGGCGUCAACUGAAUCACCUUCGGCGUCUGUGCUGCUGGAAAAGUGUCUGCGGAGACUUCAUUUACCCCCUCUGAGACUCUUCUUCCACCGUCAGAUAUUCCCGUCCAGUCAGCGCGCAUUGUGCCAGCUCUGGGGUGCUCAGCUCGAAGCAAAGGCUGCCGUUUCUCGACAGCAAGCUCGCUCUAAGGCGCUGGUAACUUGUGAUUCUCCUUCUCUGGCCGAUAUGUUUCCGCUACAGCAACAAGUGAUGCUACUUUCGUCUCGAGCUUUCGCCAUCGCCUCUAGUGGAGCAAACUACCGCGUUCUCAUUCCACUGCCGCGCGUGUACAUGGACUUGUUUAUCCGUUACAACGAGAAGCCGACAGGAGUCUGUCACCAAUGCGCCCAGGUCCCCCAACAUCCAGGAUUGUGCCUCUUUUGUGGUGAAGUGAUGUGCUGUUUUUCGGCAUGCUGCGAGUCAAAAGAAGGUGGUGGCGUGGGUGAGUGUACUCAGCAUGCCCAGCGUUGCGGUCUUGGAUUGGGUGCUUUCUUGUUACUGCGUGCGUGCACCGUAAUCCUCUUUUUAGGCAACGAACGACGGUGUGUAUGGGGAAGUCUCUAUGUGGAUAAGAAUGGCGAAGAAGACCCAUACCUGCGACGUGGUAAGACGCUGUAUCUCGACUCGAGUCGCCGCUUGGCGCUGGAAUCAUUGUUGGUCUCGCAUAGCUUCUCCCAGAACACUGCUAUCUUGCAGAACACGUCAAGACGGGACGGACGUCGGUAUUGA